AUGUCUCCACAUCGACGAUUAAUAUAUCAUGUGUAUACUAUUUUUAUACUUUUACUGAUAAAUACAUUUACAUUGUCGCAAUUCUUGGAUAUAAUUCUGAUCGUUGACAAUUCGGAAGAUUUCAUGGAUAACUUUUACAUGCUGCUUGCCAUGAUCGUUUCUUGUUUUAAAAUGUUUAGCCUGUUAAUAAAUCGUAAUAACAUCGCCAUGCUUACAAACAUUCUUAUCAAUAAACCGUGCAAAGCAUGCAAUACAGUCGAAAUAAAAAUACAACAUAAAUACGAUAAGCUAAUUGAGACAAAUACUCUGUAUUAUAUGAUCCUAGUUGAAUUAACGUGUGCAUCUACGGCUGUAGCAUCUUUGCUCACGGAUUACAGAAAAGAAAAGUUAACGUUCAGAGCGUGGCUGCCAUUUGAUUACUCCUCGACAAUGCUUUUUCAUUUUACGUAUUUUCAUCAAUUAAUAAGUUUGACAGUUGGGUCUGUCUUACAUGUUGCUUGCGAUGGUCUUAUUUGCGGAUUAUUGUUGCAUAUAUGCUGUCAACUAGAAAUAUUAAGUUGUCGUUUGAAAAAUAUUGUACAUAAUCCAAAAGUACUUCGCGAUUGUGUUACUCAGCACAAUCUUUUAUUUAAAUUUGCGUUUCUAUUAAACAAAAAAUUUAGGUUUACUAUCACUUUUCAGUUCAUAGUAAGUACAUUAGUGGUGUGCUUUACUUUAUAUCAGCUAACCAAGACAAGCGGAAAAUUCGUUGAAUUAGGAAUGUACAUGUCGUGCAUGCUGACACAAAUCUUUUUGUAUUGCUGGUAUGCAAAUGAAGUAAAAUUGAAGAGUCUACAAUUAGUUAAUGAUCUAUUUGAAAUAGAAUGGCUUACAUUAGGGCAAGAGACAAAAAAGGAUUUAUUAACAAUUGCAUUACGUAGUAGAAUGCCAAUCGAAUUCAAUAGCGCUUAUAUUAUAUCUAUGAAUCUGGAUUCGUUUGUGGGUUUGCUUAAGACAUCGUAUUCGACCUACAACAUACUUCAGCAAACACAAAAUGAUAAAGCUAACUAG